CAGGGCACACUGCCAUGGUCGAAUCUAAUGAGACUUCUAAAAGACUACGACAACGCUGAUGCCGAGCUAGUCAUCUAUGCCACAUCGUUGAUUAACAAAACCUUGGCUGGUCUAAACGAUCAGGACAGCUUCUACGAUGAGAGUGAUCUGCUGGAGCAGCAAGGCAUGGAAUCGGUGAUACAGCGCUAUAUAUCCAAGCCUGGUACCGAUCUCGAUCUACUUGAUCAACUGCAGCUCUACGAAGCAGUAUUGAAAUUCGAAGAUGGCGAAGCGGAGGGCAUACGCUUGCCUGAGAACUCGCUGCGCAAAACGCAACGCCAUCGCCAGAGCACAGACACAGCAGAACGACGCAAGUCGCGACGUCACAGCACUGGCACCAGCCCGCAUGUCAACAAAGUGAUACCGUCACCAAAGAGAAUCACGCCAACACACGGCGUGCUGGACGAGGACAGCUCCAGUUCGACGAAUUCAGCUGAGUACGCAAAUGGCGUUUUCAAUGGCGAGAAAGCGCGCGAUGGCGUCGGCGUCACACCCGGCUUGCGUAGGAGGCGCGAACGUGCCGAGCGCCAUAAGAGCUUUCUCAAGGAGCAACAGGAGGCUGCAGCGAAUGGCAUAUUCGCCGCUUUGGAGCGUCGUGAGGAAAUAGGUCAAAUCGUCACCGCCAUUCCCGUCACCGCCAAAAUGGGCGACAGUCCACCAGAGUCAUUGAAUUUAACCGGUGACACCACAAUUGGCUUAAAUCAAAACAAAAACAGCAACAACAACAUCAUUCAUGGCAAUCAUACCUCAAACACGGCUAGCAGUCAGAUCACAGCCAAUGCCACUAACAACAUGAAUCCCAUCAAUGUCACCACCUGCAAUACCCCCACAAACAUCACUGGCAGUACAACAACCAACAACAACUGCAAUUUGAGCAACAUCAACAACAACAAUACAAAUAACAGCAACAGCUUGUUGAGUCCCACGCGACAUUUGUUGGGCAGCAACACCAUCUCCAUCAUCAACAACAACAUCACGAACACCAACCCAGUGAAUAAUAACAACAACACCAACAUUAAGUUGCAAAGUGCACCGGAGUUUUUGACCAAAAAGAAUUUAUUAAUGGAACGCAAUGCCACUGUGAUUAACGGUAUAAUGAAGAAUAUUCAACGCGGCGGUGAUCAGUUGGAUAACAAUCACAACAACAACAACAGCCACGCUUAUAAGAAAUUCGAAAAUGACGCGAAUCGACUGAACAGCUACUACAAUCAGCUGAGUACACCAAAGAACCAAAAUCAACAACAACUGCAUCAGCAGCAACAACAACAGCCGAUAGUCGCACCUCAGCUGCAACAUCAAAAUUCAAUACAAAGUCCUACCAUUCAGACGGCUCACAAUGCCCUGGCGGCCGUGCUGAGUCCCAAAAAGACGCUGAAUGGCUUUGACUUUACCCAAUCGACCGCCGAAGACGCCACCCAACACAUACGAAUACAAUCUGCGACAAAACAACAAGAACUGAAUAAAAGCAAAGAGAUUAUCGUAUUGGAUCAUAAACGCUCGAAUGCCAUAAAUAUUGCGAUGACAAAGUUGCCACCGCCGCGUGCCAUUAAAGCGGCGAUAUUGAAGAUGGAUGCAACGGUGGUGACGCGCGAAGGCAUCGAUAAGCUAUUGAAUAUGUUGCCAACGGAUGAGGAACGCGGCAAGAUACAAGAAGCGCAGAUGGCCAAUCCAGAGUUGCCUUUGGGCAGCGCCGAGCAAUUUCUCCUCACCUUGGCCACCAUUUCGGAGUUGGGCGCGAGGCUAAAGCUGUGGGCAUUCCGCUUGGAUUUCGAUAAUAGCGAAAAAGAAAUUGCGGAACCAUUGAUGGAUCUGAAACAAGGCAUCGAAAUUCUACGAAAUAAUCGCACCUUCAAAUGCAUUCUGUCGACGCUGCUGUCCGUCGGAAUAUUUUUGAAUGGUGCGCCAGUUAAGGGUUUCCAGAUCGAGUAUUUAUCCAAGGUACCUGAGGUCAAAGACACCGUACAUAAGCAUUCGUUGCUGCAUCAUCUCUGCCACAUGGUGAUGGAGUCGAGUCCGGACACCACGGAUCUAUACUCGGAAAUUGGGCCAAUCACGCGCGCCUCUAAGGCUGACUUUUCCGAUUUGGCACACAACUUGAGCCAGUUGGAGACUGAAUGCAAGGCUUCGUGGGAUCGCCUCAAAUUGAUUGCCAAACACGACUGUCCACCGCAGCUGAAGCAGAAGUUGGUUGACUUCUUGGCGGACUGUGCGGAACGCAUUAUCAUUCUGCAAAUCGUGCAUCGGCGUGUGAUUAACAGAUAUCGCAAGUUCUUGCUGUGGCUGGGCGUACCCCAACACAGCGUUGCCGAAUCGAAGCCAAACGAAUUUUGUCGCAUUCUUUCGGAGUUCGCGCUAGAGUACCGCACCACACGUGAGCGCGUGCAACAGCAGCUGGAGAAGAAGGCGAACCAUCGCGAACGCAAUAAGACGCGUGGCAAGCUCAUUAUAGAUAUGGCCAAAUUCAAAACCAAAGAGGAUCGCGCCGAUGCGGAACUGAAAGAGUUGCUCGGCACGCCCAGUUCCGAUACAGCCGAUGGCACAUUGACGUGGCGCCGCAGACGCGCCGAGAACUUGCGCUCGCCCAUUGCGCGCCAGAGCGAGGAGAACUUCACCGAUGGUGAUGAUGAGAUCCUGGAAUCGUUGGUAAAGACUGCGACCAAAGCGCCAGGUACACGCACGACGCCGCGCGAACGGAAGCGCACACGCCAUGCUGAUCGCAAAUCAUUGCGUCGAACGCUUAAGAACGGUCUAACGGAGGAGGAGAAACAACACGUUGCGGCUUUAAUAAAAACCUAUUAACGUUUUAAGUAGUCCUAUGUAGUCGUCGACAGACUGUAUGUAGCGUCAUAGAAAGAAAGACUAUGAAACAGACUGAGAAGCGUGAAAGAGAAGUUGGAAAAAACACACGAUUUUAUACCUAAAUGAUUUUCCUUAUUGAUUUUAUUUUGGACGAUCUCAAGCGAUACCAGUGAGCAAGUAAAGUGACGGAUUGGAUAGCAAUGAAGUGCCUUGCGGAAAAGAAGAACUUGUAAAUCAACGAAAGGAACCAACGCGUCGAAUGCGAUAGAUGAA